AUUUUGACCCUAUCUUCUAUAAAAGCCAACUCACUCAAUCCCCAAUCUCAGCCCAUCCGCGCAGCUUUGUCGCCCCUUUUCGCGAGCAUCAGACCUGUCUUGUCUCUCGCUCUUGACGCCAAUAUCUGCCGCCGUCGUUGAACCUGUGUCUUGCUGCAAAUAUUUCAUUUUCGAACGGAAUGGCUGAACACGGAUUGGAAGGGAGCCAACCAGUGGAUCUAAAGAAGCACCCUUCUGGGAUUGUGCCUACCCUUCAGAAUAUUGUUUCAACAGUUAAUUUGGAGUGUAAGUUGGACCUUAAAGCAAUUGCCCUUCAAGCACGAAAUGCAGAGUAUAAUCCAAAGCGUUUUGCAGCUGUGAUUAUGAGGAUCAGGGAACCUAAAACGACUGCUCUCAUCUUUGCAUCUGGCAAGAUGGUUUGUACAGGUGCUAAAAGUGAGCAACAGUCUAAAUUGGCAGCAAGAAAGUAUGCUCGCAUUAUCCAAAAGCUUGGUUUCCCUGCCAAAUUUAAGGAUUUUAAGAUUCAGAACAUUGUUGGCUCUUGUGAUGUCAAGUUCCCCAUACGGCUUGAGGGUCUUGCAUAUUCUCAUGGUGCUUUCUCAAGUUAUGAACCAGAGCUGUUUCCUGGUCUCAUUUAUAGAAUGAAGCAACCUAAAAUAGUGCUUCUCAUAUUUGUCUCUGGCAAAAUAGUCCUAACAGGAGCUAAGGUGAGGGAUGAAAUUUACACUGCUUUUGAGAACAUCUAUCCUGUUCUCACUGAGUACAGGAAAAACCAGCAAUGAAUGGGCGGGCAUGUAGGAUAUUGGGAACUUUCUAUUCUUCAGUUGGCAAUUUCUUAUAUUGCGGUGUGCAUGGGACAAGACAUGUAAUUGUCAUUAAUGAGGUGGUGGAUCUCGCUAAACGCUUUUGCGAUGGGGCAGCCCUCACAUCAUCAAUGGGGGUCUCUUGGAGCAAGCAUGAAAAAAUCAACGAUACUUCCUUACUUGUUGAGAUGUUCUCAACCAGAUUGGUCGCACAAGAUCCUUUGGUUCUUGAUGAAAAAAAUGAGAUCACUUUUAAUGGAAUCAGCUGGAAAUUAUUUUGAGCUACUUCGCGGCUUAUAGGAAGUGGAAGGUGCACUUUCUGCCAAAACAAAAAGGAAAAACAAAAGUGAAAGAUGCUAUGGUGGAUUUCUUGCCGACCAGAAUGAAGGUUGUACUCAGUUUGACGUUGGUAAAAGAUCUGUGGCAAACAAGCUUAGCUAAGACAUCUCACUGUAGAGAUCAAGGGUUUCGCUGGUUAAGAUGCAUUUGCUGCCUCUGGUUAUAGCUCUGUCUAGUAAUUGUUAAAAAAAAAAAAAAAAUUGCAAAGCACUAACCUGAAGAGGUCCUUGGAAAGACAUUGCCUCGUUGCACUUGUUGCAGUAUAUUUAGGUCUCAAAUUUCUAUCCUUCUUGUGUGAUUCCAUUUCCACCUAAAAUAUCAAAGGAUCUUUGUUUUUUGAAACAUCGUAUCGUAUAUAGGGCUUUUAAAACAGCUGUGAUUUUGUCGAGACAGUUCAAUAUAAGUUGGUGAUUUUAGA